AUGAGAGACAUCAACGCAGCAACGCAUAACGCAGGCCAGAAAACAAAGCAAGCAAGCAAAGCAACGCAAAAGACAACAAAGAGUUAUAGGAAAUAUAUCGAUAAUCCAAAAAAGAGUAAGAGGAAAUGGCGAAACAAUGAACUCGAACGCGUCAAGAUAACAAGGCAGAGGCAGAUUAAGUCCAAAGACGAGGACGAGGGGAGAACAAGGCCAUGCAGACGCAGAACGGAGCAGAGUAUCACAGUAAACCAGAAGCAGAAGAAGCAGAGCAGGAGAACUAAAUGGAGUAUAUGGACCACGAGAAGGGAAAAGUAA